AUGAUGCCUUUAUGGACCAAAGAUGGUAAGAAGCAUGUGGUCACAUUACUUCAGGUACAAGACUGUCAUGUCCUAAAAUAUACUCCAAAGGAAAAUCAUAAUGGAAAAAUGGCAGCCCUGACUGUAGGAGGAAAAACUGUGUCACGUUUCCAUAAAUCUACAUCUAUAUUGGAAUUUUACCAGGAACUUGGAUUGCCACCAAAGCAGAAAGUUAAAAUGUUUAACGUAACAGAUAAUGCUGUUAUUAAGCCAGGCACUCCUCUUUAUGCUGCUCACUUUCGCCCAGGACAAUAUGUGGAUAUCACAGCCAAAACUAUUGGUAAAGGUUUUCAAGGUGUCAUGAAAAGAUGGGGAUUUACAGGCCAGCCGGCUACUCAUGGUCAAACAAAAACCCACAGGAGGCCUGGAGCUAUUUCAACUGGUGAUGUUGCCAGAGUCUGGCCUGGAACUAAAAUGCCUGGACAGUUGGGGAAUGUGGAUAGGACAGCAUUUGGACUAAAAGUGUGGCGAAUAAACACAAAGCACAAUAUAAUCUAUGUCAAUGGUUCUGUACCUGGACACAAAAACUGCUUAGUAAAGAUCAAAGAUUCUAUACUGCCUGCAUAUAAGGAUUUCUGUAAAAAUCUACCGUUUCCAACAUAUUUCCCUGAUGAGGACGAAAAGGAGCUACCAGAAGAUUUGUAUGAUGAAGAAGUGUGUCAGCCUGGAGCACCUUCUAUUACGUUUGGUUGA